AUGUUAUCUGAGGAAGCUGACGAGUGGUGGAUUGCUACCAAGACAGAGUUAGGUAUUGAUGGGAUAGCGAUCACUUGGGUUGUGUUCAAGAGGGAAUUUCUGAGGAAAUACUUUCCUGAGGAUGUUCGGGGAAGGAAGGAGAUUGAGUUUGUGGAGCUGAAGCAAGACAAUAUCACAGUUCCAGAGUACGCUGCCAAGUAUGUAGAAUUGGCAAAGUACUACACUCAUUACAACAAUGAUGAGGCUGGUGAGUUUUCGAAAUACAUCAAAUUCGAGAAUGGCCUCCAUGAUGAAAUCAAGCAGGGUGUCAGAUAUCAGAGGAUUCGACAGUUUGCUGACUUGGUUGACUGUAGCAUGAUAUUUAAGGAAGAUAAUAUCAAGAUGAAGUCAUAUCACUCUCGCGAGUUAGUUGACAGAAAAGGUAAGAAGCAUAUGGAUAGAGGUAAGCCAUAUGGUAGAGGUAAAGCUGUUGAUGGGAAGAAGCCUAGUGGGGGAGACACCAGUGCUUUUGUCAGAUGCUACAACUAUGGCGAGAUUGGACACCACAAGAAUGAAUGCAAGCUUGAUCAAAAGAAAUGUUUCAAGUGUGACAAAGUAGGCCAUAUUGCUGCUGAUUGUAAGAAGAAGACGAUGUUGUUUCCUAAAGCUAUUAAUACUGACAAUCUGACUAUGACUGCUAGACAAGUGAAUGAAGCAAGUGAAGACGGUGCAACGGUGUUUAUGUUGUUUGCGUUGAUGGACUUGAAGGAGAAGGUAGUAAGUAAUGAACUACCAGUGGUGUGUGAUUUUCUGGAAUUUUUUCCAGAGGAUGUGAACGAGUUACCGCUAGAGAGAUAG